AUGAUUUUUGGGACGAAUCGAAAAUGGUGGUAUUCAGAUGGUCUUCCGGAUGAAUUUCAGAAGCAUUGUGAAAAUUUCGUGAAUGAGUUGAAAGAGCCGCUGGCGUGGAGACGGCUGCGCUAUUCGGGUCAGUUCAGCGACGUGGAAACGGGAUCAGCGCAAAAAGGCACCCACUACGAGCGGUACUGCAGAUGCUACACCGGGGUUAUCAAGAUGGACUGGCGAGACAAAGAGGGCUGGUAUAUUACAUCGGAUUGGGUGGACCGAGACCCGGGGAGACCCGAACUAAUGUAUGAAGCUCCUCAAAAGGCGGUGAUGGAGUGGUUUGUGAUGAUGCAAAAUGAUGGGAUAUUGGCCUAUGUUCAUACUACGCGCGGCCAACGUUUCUCCCGGAUGCAAUCUCGCGGCGAAUCGGCCCCAAAUUAUGCGUACCCGGACUGGGACAAUGGCAUCGAUUAUCCACUUUUCACGAAGCGGCUAAAACCGAAGGACAAGAAAACGAAAAAGCACACCGUUUGCUUCAAUUUCGGGAUCAGAAAACGGCUUGACGGUCGAUUCUCAUGGUUUGGGACCCACGACCUUGAAACGCACGGCCAAUACAUUCCCGUAAAAUUUGCGCCUGCCAGGUUUUUCUCGUUCCAAGGAAAAUUUGAUGACCUGGAUAACAGCAAGGCUAUGGUCGCAUAUUUUCGGCAGGGAACGUACCCAAAUCGAGCCAUGGAGUGGAUGGCCUAUUGGUGGGACUCUGCCAAGACCAGGACAGCAAUGACUGAAUGGAUCCGGGAUUGGGUGGCUGAUCACAUGCUGCCGAGUGGAUACGAACCCGCGUGGCCGCUUGAAGAUUGGCGACGCAAGAAAAUUGCCGUUUCUAAUGAAACGCUG